AAACGGCGCUUGCGUUCUAACAACGCAUGUUAGCCACCAAAACAAAAAAACAUCAUUUUACAUUCAUUAUACAACGCCACAAGAGUCGUUUUGGACCAAUGGAGGUUCUUGGAUCAGCCGAGAAAAUAACUGAUCCAAGCCUUCCCCUGUCAUCCCUUCGCCUCUUGGUGCCCCCUUUGCAGCUUUUGUCGGCUGCUAUGUGGCAGCUGGCGAAGCAGAAGGAUGUGAUGAACUACGAGAAGCUGCAGGAGUUUGUGUGCAUGGUGACGGAGGCGGUACCCGGCCUGAUCAACCACAGGCAGAGAGCUCAGCUCAUUCUGGGACUCAGAGGCAGGCUGAUCCUGGAGCUGUGCAAAGGCUCCGCACGAGGCUCUGUUGACUGCCAAGUGAUUCAGGGCUAUUUGGAUAGACUCCCAAUAACAUCUGCAAACACAGACUACAGGGAUGCAGACGUGAAAACAACAGAGUCUACUUUCAUUGCACUUGUUCAGAGCCUGCUGAAAGACCCAAUUGAACGGGCAUAUUUCUUUCAGGAGGUUUUUCCGGUGGAAUAUGGACCACAGUAUGACGCAGCACUUCACGUGUUAAUGUGGGAGUUGGUCUCAAAGCUGGAAAAGCUGCUUCCAGUACCAGAUCUUAAACAGACCUCAGCCUGGCUCGGAUCAGCCCUUUCGGUUUUGGGCGAGUGCGUUCAGUCGUCGGCUGAAGAGCUGAAGCUAAUCUUCGAGCACUACAGAAGUUUGGGACUGCUGAAGACGGCGUAUGGCCCGUCUUCCACCAUUGGUAGCUGCAUCAUGUCUGCUUUAUCAAUCCCCCCUUCACAAAAGACAAGUGUGUCCGUUGGACUGGAAUCCAUCCAUAAUUACGCUAACGUGCUAAACCCCAUCACGUUCGUCGGAGCGGACCAGUACAGCAUCGUGACCGUCUACACUGAGGUGGAGGCGUCUGAAGUGGAGCAGGAAAUCGUGGUGUCUCCCGAAGUUCAAGUUCACACAGAUUUCUACGAGGAGGAGAUAGUGGCCGUGAGCGCGGAUAACACCAACGGCGAGGAGGCUGCCAACUUCAGAGCUGAGGAGACGAGCGAAGCGGCGGACGUCGCCAAAGCUUUAGAGACUUUGACGAAAACGUUCGCGUUAAGGAAGGAGACCCUGGGUCAAGAUUUGCUCGCGGCGAAGGGUAAUGAUUCAUCCCUUAAUGAUGAACUUGGGUUAACGCAUGAAACCUGUGACCGAACUGAAGCGAUAAGAGAGAACGUUGCAGAUGAGGCAGUGGAUGAUUUACAACCUGGAGAUGCAGAGAGCAACACGGACUCCUGUACAACCCUUUAUGAACCCUUUUCUGUCCGAGAAACGACAAACGUCUCCGGUGAAGUUUCUGAAACGCAACAGUCUGACUCGUCAGUGCGCAAAUCCUCACGUCUACAAAGGAAGACUUCAUUGAGUUUGAAGGAGACGUGUAAACUCAAGAGGACGGCAGAAGAAGCUAGUGAGGAAACAAAAACGACCAGUGCGGAGGUAUUGGUUGCCCCAUCUGUGAUAGCCAUCAAAGGAACAGACAAAGGCGAGUCGGAUGAGAUGACAUCCAUCAUCUUCACCUGCUCCCAGUGUCCCUUUCACAGCUCGGACAGAAACAGCCCUCCCCACUUCCACAUGCAGAGCGUCCGCACAGAAGUUUACAGGAAUCUCUCCGGGACCAAAUUUACGCCGUCUCCUUCGAGCACCGACGAAAUAUUCACGUCCAUUAAGCUUUUCCCCAAAGGAAACGCCGAGCAGAGCAAAGCGGAGGAGCCCGAAAGCGAAGAAAACGUUUCGCAUUCGCGCGGCAAACGGAAAGCCCUCACGUGCGAAACGUGCGGCAAGACGUUCACCAGGACGUCGGACGUCAGGAGGCAUCAGCUCACCCACACCGGAGAGAGACCGUUUCACUGCUCGCAGUGCGAUCGGACUUUCCAGCACUCGUGGGAUCUGGCGAAGCACGAGAGCAAGCACCACGGCGUGGCCAUUUCCUUCUCCUGCCAGCAGUGCGGGAACUCCUUCGCCAACCUCCGGGCGCUCACCGUCCACCACAAGAAGUCUCACUCGCAGGAGAGCCGGCUCCCCCAGAUCUGCUCCAUCUGCAGCCAGAGCUUCCCUACCUCCUCCGAACUGCUCGAGCACAGGAAGUCCCACGUCACCACCAAACGCUACAUCUGCCAGCAGUGCGGCGAGGGCUUCGACUCGCUGCUCGCGCGCUCCCAGCACCGGCAGAUGCAUCAAGUGAAGCGCCAGUUCAAGUGCCCGCACUGCGACAAGUCGUACACCCGGAGGUCCGACGUGAAGAGGCACCUCUCCACUCACACGGGGGAGCGGCCUUACCAGUGCAGCCAGUGCAGCAAGCGCUUUUCGCUCCGCUUCAUGCUCAUCAAGCACCUUCGCGUCCACACGGGCGAGCGGCCGUUCCAGUGCUCCCACUGCCCCAAGAGGUUCACCCUCGUCUCCGUGCUGGCCAGGCACGAGAGGAUGCACACGGGGGAGAAACCGUUCCUCUGCUCCCAGUGCGGGAAAGGGUUUUUAUCGCAGGGGGAGCUCUCGAAACACAACCGGUCGCACGUGGACGACAGGCCCUACGCCUGCCCUCAGUGCGACAAGCGUUUCAAGAGCAAGAAAACGCAGCAGGAGCACAUCGCCUCCCACUCGGGCGCCCGCCCGUACCCGUGCGCCUACUGCGGGAAGGGCUUCACCAAACCAUACGCGCUGACCAGGCACAACCUCAUCCACACGGGGGAGAGGCCGUUCCCCUGCGGACACUGCGAGAAGACCUUCCUCACGCUCAGCGAGGCCCAGCUGCAUCGGAGAAUCCACACGGGGGAGAGGCCGUAUCCCUGCGACGCAUGCGAGCUGAAGUUCAAGAGCUCGUCGGAGCUGGCGCGGCACAAGCGCAGCCACUCGGGGCUGAGGCGCGCAAAGCCGCGCUGCGAGCGGUGCACGAAGACGUUCGCGUCCAAGGCCAAACUGAAGAAACACAUGGAAAUACACGAAGGAAAGACUGUGGAUUCAAAUGACUGAAGUAGAGACGUCAAAAUAAUGCAUUUUGUUUCAUUUUUUUUUAGGUUAUUAAAUUUAAAUUCUGACUCGAAGAGAAAAUAUUUAUACAGAUGCAGAGCAAUUAUGCUGAAAAAUUGACGUAGUUUUGACAAAUCUACGUCUUUAUUGAGCUUUAGUCUUUUCACAAUUAUGUUCAAAAUAGAUUUAAAUGGAAAUCACAUGUAAACGGUUCAUUAAAUAGAUGAUUCACUCUA